AAAUACAGAAUAGUAAUAAUGUUCUUGUUUCCUUAAGUUUCACUCAUCUUGUUUUGCAAAAAAUGCAAACAAGAGUUCACUUGAGCACUAUUUGAUGAACUUGCUUAGCUGGACCAUCUCAUCUUUCAAAUGUCAUCUCUCCUGAGGAAUGUAGUCAAGAGAGACUUGAAAUUUGCAUAAAAUGUGUCGUAAAAGAACAGCAUCACAGAGUUAGUGAAUUAGAUCAUUUUCUAUUGGGAUCAACCAUUUUUGGUUGGUUGGCUUAGUUGGGAUUUUUUGCGUUCUAUUGGAGAAAAACCGUUUUUGGUUGGUUUGGUUGAUCAACAUUUUCAACUGACCUCAAACCAGGUGAAACAGUUGUAAAAGCUUUUUGCAUGAUUAUGUAGCGUGAUUGUAGUUCAUGUACGGACUAUUCCCAAGAGUUACUGCAUUUCAACCAAAAACGGUUGGAAAAGUAUUUCUAUUGAGAAAGGUCAACUGUAUGAACCCAAACCAGUUGCAGUUGAAACAAUUGAUCGCAAUAGGACAUGACCUUAGUGUUUAAACUUUGAAUUUUGAUAAUAUCAGGGUCACUUGACCUUUUGAUGAAAAAAAUUUGAGUUCAUGAUGACGAUGAUGAUUUUUGCCAAAAACUGUUUUCCAUUGUGGUUUAGAAAAUAGCCAUGCCCAUCUCACGGAAAGACAUUAGAAAUUCCAAGGAGGUGAGGGCCCAAGAAGCCAAGAAUGGUACAUGUAUGAAGAUCUAUGAAGCCAAACUGGAAUUUCUGGAGGGGUGGGGUGGGGUGGUUCAAACCAAACAAGCCCUGUGGAGGAAGCUGUGGAUAUUUUUUGGAGCAACACAUUUUGAGCAGUUCACCAGAAAAUGAAACUAAUAAGAGGUGUAAAAUGUUGUGCAUUGUUUUACCAGUUUAUUGUGAGUUGCUUUGAUUUUGAGAAUAAUUCCCAAGAGAACAGUUAUAUUUUUCACAUAAAGUUCAAAUCUAUAGUGAUUCCAAGGUUAAAUUCUUUUAGGUAAAAAACUGCCAAAACUUAAAUAUACAAAAAGGAACAAAUUACGAGAUGGAUAACAAAUGACAGUCUUUAAGAUUUCUAGUUCAGUUCUGGCGCAGCGCCAGGAACUUUUUCGUGGCACUCUGUGACGCAACGCGAUGUAGCUAGCUUUUUCCUGACAAAGCGUCAUUCAUGGGAGGUCAUGUGUAUCGUAUCACCUUAAAUUAAAUUAAACGUGUCCAAAAAUGUACAAUUGUAUGAUCGUUAGAAACACAGGAAACAAGAGCCUCACGAAAGCAUUCAUUUGACUUAACCUGUGGAUGUCACCUUCCCAUCUCUGCCCUCCGUCUUGUUUGGAGCUAAAGAUAGAGUCCUUCUCGAGUUCGCAUUCCUCGAAGUCCCGCCGCUGUCAUGUCGGAUCUAGCGAAACUGCGGGGAAACGCCAUGAAGCGGUCGGCUAGUUACAAUGGGUUCUCUUUCGGUUUGCCUAACAAAAUUGAUGAACUGAAAGUCGACGACAGUUUGUUAGAUCCUGCGGCAUUUUCGGUCGAAUGGAGCGCUGUUUUUCAAAACCAAGGAGGCUGUAAGUCACUGAUAACAUCACCAAAUCACGCAGUUGAUUGCUCAGUUUCAAAAGGAUUUGGGAGUGGAUAUGUCGGCGCAGAAAAGGCCGAUGUUAGUUUAACUGAGCUUAGUGAUGCCUCUAGUGGAAGCGAUGCUUGGCAGGAGGAAUUGAUUCUUCGUUUGAGAAGACAGGAAGCGGUGAUUGAAAAAGACAAAGCCAGGCUUGAGGAGGAGGUAAAAACCCUCCAAUUAAAGUUGGAAUUAGAGGAAGACCUCCGACGAAAUGAUAAAGAAUGCAUGGAUAUCUUAAGAAGCCACAUUUCAAAGUUGGAAGGAAAGCUACAAAGCAGCGAGAAGAAGAUUAGAGAGUUAGAACACGAGAAACAACGACUCGAAGUGAACUCGGUUUCACCCGCAACAAAACCAGGUGAAUUUGCUCUCGUAAAGGCGCGCUUGGAUGCAAGCGUGGCCACUAUUCAGGCACUUGAGACGGAUUUGAAGAGGAUCAAAGGAGAAAAAGCUAAGCUUGAAGGCCAGGGAAAAGAGUCUCAAGACAUGUUGAUUAAGCUUGAGCAUCAAUUACGCAGCGCGAAUAAAGAACUUCAACGUCGAGAGAACCGAGUCAAUCAACUCGUGGAAGAAAGAAGAUCCCUGGAGGACUAUCAGAUCAAGGCUCGCAGCUUACAGCGGAAAGAUCAGAAAUCCUCUUAUGCACUGCAAAUUCAAAUUGUAAAUCUGCAAGAAAAACUGGAGAUUUCAUCCAGGACUAAUGAAGAGCUGGCUAGCGAAAAGGAAAACUUACAAGCUAAAGUCAAACAACUCGAAGACAAAAUAAAGGAGCUGGAGGGAAGCUAUCGUUCCAAACUCGAGCAGGCUAUGGAAAGAUUAAAGCGACAAAAAUCUCACACCGAAGAAACUCAUAACAACAAAAUGAAUGGACAUUCAAGAGAUUAUAUGUCUUCAAGUGUGGCUUCAUCAGAUCCCCUGAUGUCAGAAGAAUACCAAAGUAAAGCGGUUGGUUCUUUUGGCACUUUCUCAAGUGGACAGGACAAAAUGUCAACACUUGCAGCGUACACUUCUGCCUUGUUAAUGGAAUUAAACAAACAAAUACCGGAAAACUCUUGUCAAGAAUUUGAUUUAGCCUCCCUGGUGGCUAGUUUAAAGGAAUUCCUUGGUAAAAUAUCCACUGGUUUUCCACAGGCACUACAAGAGGCCAAAUUUAUAGCAAAGCCCUUGAAACUGACUGGUGGUGUGAAAGAGCCUUGUCAAGAGGAGAUUGUAUGGGAGAAAAAAACACAAACUGUCAAUGAAAGUCAAAGAGAUGGCAGUAAUGGCACACCAAAGGCUCCACUCUUCAUGGUGCAGAAAGUGACUAGGGAGAAAUUUACGACGUAUCGACCUGAUCUCUGGGAAAGAAGACAAAAUGCAUCCAAAACCAGCUCUCAUGCAAGACACAAAAAGAAAACUCAAGUUUCAGAAGUUGAAAAAAGAUAGAAAUAAUAACACAUACAAUUAAUGAUAUAUCUAAUUUCAUUACAUUAUAAUAGUUAAUAAUUUCUGACAGCAUUAUAUAUCUUUAUAAUGCAAAAGUUGGCUGUUGUUUUGAUUAUGGUGAAGAUUUUGGCCAAAUCUUGUUACAAUGCAUUUUUGAUGGGUUGAACCAAGUGUUCUGUGUUUACUGGCAUGUAAUGUGUUGACCAUUUCAGUCAGACAUGUCAGUAGGCAAAAUGAGAAAACAAUGACCAAUGCAUGCGAGAAAUUUGAGAUGUUACACACAUCUAUGCAAUGGGACUUAAUCUUUGUUUGCAAAAUCCAGACUUUUAAACUUUGGUGCAAUCUGUUAAACUAGCCUCCAGAGAGAAUACAAUGUUAUGCAGUGUAUUUAUUUGUACUUUACUCAUUGGUUGGUUGGAUUAGACAUAACUUGACAGGUAUAAGUAACCGAUAAUCAUUAAUAACUACUUAUUAACUGUGAGUGAGGCCUUAAUGGGAAAAUCGCAAAUUGCAUGGGACCUAUACAGCAAGGCCGAGAUUUGAGAUUUUCCUGUGAAGACCAAACAUUCGAGGUCAAAUUUAAGCUUUUUGCUUUGGUUUUGCAGACCAGUAAUCGGCCCAUAGGCAUUACGGGAGACUAAUGUGCAUGAAUUAGCGAAUAAGAGCACAAGUUAAUAUAUCGGCCACAACCACAAGCUUUAUGAUAAUAUUGCUUAAUUUAAUGUUUAUGUCAACCUUUUUUGCAACCUGGUAUAAUUUGUAUAAUUAUGUUUGCUCGUUAAACUCAGUGAAGUUUUAAAAUAUUUUAGUACCUGGAAUCUGUCCUUAUAAAUCAAGCUGCACAUGUAUAUUGAAUAUUUAGGAUUUUAAAUUACAUGCAGUGAAUUUAAGUGGUUCCUAAUAUACGACAAACAGUGAAAUAUUGUUAAGUACAGUGAAAUUGCCGGAUUUUGUUGAAUAUGUAAAGUACAUAAUUUGUACAUUUUUAUGUUCUCAUUGGUUAUAUCCAGUCCACAGAACGGGAUAAAAAAUGAUAAAAAUACCCCUUGAUAUAAGACUUGAGUUAACAUAUGAUUGAUUGUUAAAUGGAUGAAAACUAUUGUCUUCGAGUCAAAUUUUAUUGAAAGUAAUAGUAAUAUGUUACAAAUGGCAAAAUUUGGCAGGCUCAACUAUGACAUGGUCUUUUUCAUCAAUAAUUCACGAUAUGUUAUUUUGCAGAUUCACAAGUGGCUGCUUUUUUACUCUGAGCGUUUCCUCAAGAGAGGAAAUAAGGAGUGAAAACAAUUCGGAAAAUGGCACAAAUUGGGGGCAAAGCAAAAAAUGCAUUUUACCUUGAUUUACAAUAAUUGACUCAAGGGAAAGUAGGGCCUACUUGUUGUCAAGCUUAUUGUUGAAAAUGCUGCGUCGCCUUUGGUUUUUGCUGUAUGACAAGCAAAGAUGUUUUGCUUGUUUACACUUAAGCUCCAGUGCUUGGUUUUUUCAGAGGCUGGAUAAUGGUAUCCUCUGGAGAAAUCACUAUUUAAUGGGCAAGUGUUGACAAAACAUAUGCCAUGCACUGGAUAGUAAUUUUAUCCAGUGGAAAGCUUUAUUCUUCUUUGAACAAAUAGGGCUUGACUGAAAAGUUAUGGCCAGCUCACAAUUUUCAAGUCUGGUUUAAGAGGAAUUGGAAACACACACUGCAAAUACCUGUAAGUGUUUAUCAAUAGGCCAUGUUUGAUAUAUCAAUAUUCUAACAUGGCUCCAAGGCUUUCAGGACAAACUUAUCGAUUAGGUGGAGUUUUCUUUGUAUCCAAGUCUCUUUUGGGAAUGAAAGACACCUGAAAGCCUUGUAUCCAUGUUAGAAUAUUGAUCUAUCCAACAUGGCCUAUUGCUAAAAUAUAUAAUAUCAGUACAUUGUAAGCAGUGUUUAAACCCAUGCAUUUAUAAUAUUGUAAAAUUUGCCUUGCUGUGAUAUAUAUUAUAUAUAUUCUAAAAAAAUUAAUAAACCGUCUCUGGAAUAAAUUGCUUGAUGUACUUGUAAUUUCUAUUAUGCCA